UAUUCAGUAACGUUACAUGUACAUAUCCUACCCCCUAUUUAACUCCGAGCUAAUCGCUGCACCAUCGAUCCAAGUUCCAAACAUCUCAAUACGAGAGAGAGCCUGGGGUGUCAAAAGCGGAUGUUAAAUAGCGAUGCAGUUCGCUUCCAGGUUAUGAUUAAACAAUUUGUUAACGCACGGGUGGACUAUCGCAUCAUCAACCAACCGCCAUGCAGCCCGCUGAACUACGCCGACACAAAGAACGAGGCAGGUAUGAUGCCGAGUCCAUCGGCUCCGUUUUCUCGGACACUUUUAUGGCGCAUGUCUCGUACGUCGACCAUGGCCUGCCGCAAUGUCUACCCAUGAUCGCGCUGUUUCGGUGCGAGGAGGAAGGGGAGGCAGUCUACCUACAUGGCCACCCGAGCUCAAGGCUUAUGGAGCUCGUGCGCGCGAAUGAGGUGAAGAGGAAGGCUAGGAUCGAGCGGGGAGAAAUACCAGAUGAAAGUGGAGAUGAUCGGAUAAAAGUUUGCAUUACGGCAACGAAAGUGGACGGGCUUUCCCUCUCCUCAGCUCCAAACGGGCAUACGUUCAACUACCGUUCCGCCGUGGUGCAUGGCGCAUGUUCGCAUCUCGGAGACCGCCGUGCGAAAGAAGAUGUCAUGCGCGGUAUGAUGGACCACAUCGUAGCCGGGCGCUGGGAAGACCUCAACCCCCUCGCCUCCUUCGCGCUGUCAUUGGUAUUUGUGAUACGCGUCCAGGUCCAGCGGGGCUCGAUGAAACACCAGAGCGGGAUUCCCAUGAUUCAGUCGCGAGAUCGAGCGAAGGAUGGACCAGAUCGGCAGGAGCUUGUGUGGACUGGGGUGGUCCCGUUGUAUGAACACUUGGGCGCGCCGGUGCCGAGCGGGUUGACAGAUGAUGCGCAGAUACCUGAGGGGCUCUUGAAAUAUAUCCGGGAGAGAAAUGAGAAGCAGGAAGGGUAUGCGAGAUCUGCUGCGAAGUGACGAAGGAUAUGACAAAUUUAGCAAUAAUGAAGCUUGUAGAACAUUCCCCAUGCUUACAACUGAAAUUAUAACGCCUAAAGUACAGAAAGGGUUCAUCGAGAAGAGAAGAAGCCUUUUUCUCCCAAAGAAGUAUCUGUAAUGUACUGUACAUGGGUUGUCAGUAAAUGGCUUAGGAUGUACAGUACAAAGGGGGGAGGGUCACGCCGCGCCUUCUAGGGAAACAGUAAGCCCAAGUACUAGUACAGGGGAGCACUGUUCCAUAAACAGCUUUUGG